UAUAACUCUCCAGCUUAUGGUGAGAAACAUGACGAAUUAAUUACCUUGGGAAGCCCAGAUUUUCAUACUAGUAGUGAAGGGCAAAAAUCUUCAGGAACUUCCAAAACAAGAAAAGGCAAAGAAAGAUCUUCUGAGAAAGAAAAGGUUGCCAAAGAGAAGCAAGCUCAGCCUCGCUUUGAGCCUCAGAUGUCUACUGCCCACUCUCAACAAGAAGACCCAAAUAAACCCUACUGGAUUUUGAGAUUGGUCACUGAACACAGUGAAUCAGACUUAAUUGAAGUGAAAAAAGACACAGAACGAGCAGAUGAAAUCCGAGCCUUGAAGCAAGCCUGGGAGGCAGCUGAGCCAGGAAGAGCAAUCAAGGCUUCUCAGGCUCGCUUACUUUACCUCAGCCGGUUCAUUAAGAAAAUACCUGAUACUGAGGGUGUGCCUGUGCCUUCAUCUGAAAGCCAAACAAAAUCAGUGGAAGAAGUAGAAUCACCUGCAAUUGAUGCAAAAGAGCCAGAGGCAAAGAGUUCUACAAAUCUGGAGAGCAAAGAAGGAUCAGGGAAUAUGGUAUGGAAGAAGUUGCAAUCGACCAAGGGCCUGAAAGAUCUGACAAAAUCCGCAAGCAAUGAAAGUGGAGGAGCAUCCUCAUCAGAGCGUGAGCCAAGUGUGCGGAGGGAAAAUAUCAGGCUUCAUUCGCAAUCCCCAACAAUUUUGGAACUGUCUCCACAACUUAUUCGAACACAACUAGAAUUUAUAAACUUAAAUCAAUAUGUACGCAAAACAGGUAAGGAGCCUCUCCUGCAAACAAACGAACUCAAUCAACAGCAGGCAAUGCAAAAGGCAGAAGAAAUUCAUCAGUUUCGACAGUAUAGGACCAGAGUCCUUAGCAUUAGAGAUAUUGACCAAGAAGAACGGUUCAAGUCAAAGAAUGAAGUCCUGGAGAUGUACGGGGAAAUGCGGGACUCCUUAGAUGAAGCCAGACAGAAGAUUUUCAAUAUUCGGGAAGAGUACAGAAACAAGUUGCUGGAAGCUGAGCGCCUAAGGUUGGAAGCACUGGCCAAUCAGGAAGAAGCAACGCGGGCGGAGACAGAAAAGAAGACCCUGGGCCCUGACACACAGAAAAAAAAGAAGGGAAAGAAAAAGUAACCAGGAGUUGCCCAAUGCUACCCUUUUUCUGGAGAGGAAAAAAAAAACUAUUCUUAAUGAUAUGUAACUUUGCCUGUUAGUAGAAUAAGAUAUUAGGCCAAUUGAAAAUAGAAGUUUUCUUAACUUAGAAAUAAUUUCUAUAUUUUAAAGUUAACUUGUUAGUUUUCUCAGAAAGCUAGUUUUUGAAGCCAUUAGAGUUCAAAAUGCUUUAAUUUCAAUAAAACUGCUUUUCAGA